CGAACUAACACGUCUCAAUGGCUUUCAGCCAGACGCACCUCCAACGUCACGCGUAUCCUUCCCGCAGCUCGUAAACGCCGCCAGUGCCGCACCCCAGAUUCAUGUAUAUGCAUCAUGGGUGCCAAAGAAGGAGCAUCAUCCAAGCACUUGGGAAUGCAAGGAGAGAGUAUAAUCCUGGCA